AUGUCAGAAGGCGCUAACUCACCAACCUGCACCAACACGCACGUCAUUUACAACGGAUCACGAGACACACCGCGUGCAGCAACACGUGCCAGUGGUCAAUUCCGCGACUACCAUCCACCGGAGAACGAGAUGCUACCGCUACCAAUACUGAUUCUCCUUAUUCUAUUCCGAAACGUCAUUCUGCCUACGAUUCGGCUUAUUCUGAAGUCGUCUCCGUUGGUUCACUUUGUUCUUUCACUGUGUUCCCUUUUAGUUCUGCAUCACCUCUUCCCACGUACUGCAAACAAGCCGAAUGGACGAUGCUAUCGCGGCGGCAACGCCUUCUACAUUCAGCCUUAUGGUGAGUAA